CACAAAAUGCUUUCUUUUCUCGCGCAUGCUGUCUCCGAUAUUUUGUAUUCCGAGCCAAGUGAAAAGUAUCAGAUGAAAAGGCGUGUAUCAAAGACCGUUUGUCCCUUCUCUCACGAUGGCUCGGUCGUCCUAGGGGGCACAGCGGGGGUGAGAAAAGACGAGUGAAGAGCUGGGAGGCGAUUUCUUUUCCCGAGUGUCCCAUCCUGCUUGUCGGAUGGGUUUAGGAGCAGUUUCGAGAAAAAUGGGAGCCUGUGCUGGACCUGAGGGCACGUCUCUCUGUUAUGUGCGCCCCCUGCGCUAUCUAGACAUUGCAGCGCGGCAGCCAAACGGGAAGCAAUCACGUGUUGACCUACACAGCCAUUUUCCUCUUUUUCAAACGUCGUAGCAGCACCUGUGUCUUGUCACAGAAGUGUCUAAGUCUCUCUAAUCAGACGCAUUCCUGAGCACGCCCCCCCCCCGCCCGAGGAGAGCUGGUGCCUUCGCGCGACACAUCUGAUCCCCGGACGGCCGUCGUCCUUGCAACGGAAGAGACCGAUCCCAUCCCUUCUUUUCCUUCUCAAGUUCUGAAAUCGAAUCAUGGUAAAGUUCUGGAGGAGGCAGUACUCCUCCCUUUUUAUCCCGCGUCGUUCGAUUUUUCAGAUGGGUCCUCUUCCGUUUGCGUUUCCCUUUUUCAGAUGCUGUGUGGCCAAACGCGCCGAGUGACGCAGGUCCUUUUGUCGUGUCUGGAAAGCUGUCUGGUCGCCACCAUAUGUCUCGCCUUCCUCUUUUUUGUGGCCGUCACCCCUAAAUCCUAGGUUCUCUUCGUUCGUAGUGGCGCACCUCGGACUGCGUUCCACAGUCACUUGUUCUGCUUUUUGAACGGGGUAUUUGCCUUGUAUAGAACCGUUAAUUUUCCACGACUUCCUCGACUGUGUUUGUCAUGUUUUCUUGUCAUCGGCACAGUCUUUUCUCUCCUUGGAAAGCGGCUCUUCAGCACCGAGUGUCUGCUUCGGUCCUCCGUGAUUCUCGAGCCUGCUUCCCGCUGAAUAUUUCUUCCCCCCUUCUUCAUUUUCUCCAUCGUCGUUCUCUUCUUCCUUGUUUUCUUUCCAAAGUACACGAUUUCGAAGAGUAAUGCUCGGAAAGUCCGCAGCGCACGCUGUGCACCAGAUGAGGCGGCACCACGAGUCAGGAAGAUAAAGCGCUGCCGUUUUUACUUCUGCCUGACGGGGCAAGAUGUGGGGCAAACUCUUUCGUAAGCGGCCUCCGCGAGACCGCGGUGCCAAGGGGAAUGACAUGGACAACGAGCGCUUUAGUGCGGUCGUCUCCGGCGUUGCCACUCUGACCGCCAGGAAGGUCUAUGCGCCUUUCCGCGUGAAAAGGAGACUUAUAACUGCGGCUGAGUUGCUGGACACGCAACCCGUCGAUGUCCGGCCUUUCAUGGACGAGGGAGAGAACCUCGACGCGACGAUUGCCAAAGACCAGCCUCUCGUGCAAGCGUGGUUCACUGAACUCGUCUUCCAGCUCCUCACGAUCCUGGCCGUCUGCAGUCUCGCCUUCGCCGUUGGAAUCAUCAUCGGCUCGAUCAUGUGCCGAACGACGCUUUUCAGUGGCAGCGCCCUGGACAAUCUCGACGGGCGAGAUGGACACGGAGUCUCCUGGGUUCGGCUGUAUCUCCCCGACACGUCGAAAGGGGGGUGGAAGGAUCCGGAUCCCUCUGUGAAGGCAGUGUUGCGCGGAGCGUUUGAUGUGUCGAUUCCCGAGCAUUCCCUUGGUUCCUACGUAGAGGCGCUGUCUGCUGUGAUGGCUUUAUCGUAUGUGCCUGCUGACAGCAUCGGAAGAACGCCGAGGGAAGAGUGUUUUACUUCGCUUGCGGGUUCCCGGACGUCUUCGUAUGCAUAUCGCCCGGAUGCGUCGGCAACUGGCGAUUCUGCGUGGGUACUAGACGAAAUUGACGGUCACGGCAUUUCGCUGUCCAGUCAUCCUCUCCCGGCCCGUGUCCAGAAUCGUUUGGAUAGCCUGUCCACGGAAGAGGAACUACGUCUAGCGGAACAGAUGCAGCGCUACUUUGACUUGAAUUUGAUUACCCGGGCGAUUCACGGCUUGUCCCUUAUCACGAGUUCGGGCUCGGCGCACGACGUGCCGAAGGAAGUCGAGGUUUUCGAUCCCAACACGGGGUCGACUAGGGAGGUGUCUCGGGUGCUUCUGCAGCACUCCAAAGAGUCUAGCUAUCCCGUGGGUAUGAUGUUUAGUGCGGCGAUGAAGCGCGCGAACCAGCAAGUGCCCCCAACCAUCCUUCUCCGCAACGUCGUCCCCUUCAUUGUGGGCCUGACGCAUGGCCUCAACUCAGUCCGUCUCUCCGUCACACUGAACGUUCCCCUGGUCGCGAAAAACGAGAAACUGUUCGAGGCGAUGCGCACAGACUGCGCCAUGGGGCGAGUCUACUUUGCACUGGACAUCACCCUUCAAGCUGUUCGGGCCAUGUUCUUCAAGCACACGCAGGGUUCGAUCCCUCUGUUGCCUUUCAGGGUCCCCUGCUCUCCUGUGUCGGUAACGGAAGAAUCGGACUGGCCGCCAGCGACCCCCCAGAGCUUCGUGCAAGACGUUGCUGAACUCGCCUCGGAGUAUAGCUCUCUGAACCUCAUUUUUGGAGAGAACUAGGCGAACAAGGGAGUCAGCCAGGACGCAGACUCUGGAGAAGCCGAAAAAGUAACAGAGACGUCGGGCUACGGGGACAGGCGGUGGAUAGCGAUACGAGGUUGAGAAAGCGAUGCCUCCAACCGACUCCGUGUAGUACCACUCGUGGUCAGAUUGCAGGUGGGCGGCGAAGACCUCUGAAAGUGCGGGGAUGCCUCAGAGGGAAAGUGACUGGGAAAGAAGUCGCAAAGACAGACCUAGAGAUGCAAACUACGUCGAACAACAGGGGCCCAAGAGGAACAAGUUGAAGGUAGGGAAAAAUCAGGCAACGGCUGCAGGGGGUGUUGGUCUACCGGCAGAUCUUCGCUGCGUAGUAAGAAAUGGCAGGCGGUGAGCGCUGCGGCUGCUCUAAUGGGGGAGCCGCUUCCGCUGUUUCCAAAGGUCCUGGACGAGAUAUUCAGUCGUUCUCCCCUCUGCCGUUUGUCGUCUCGUCCUCCUUUUGUUUUGGGCAAAGAGUCGGAGCUGCCGCCCGUUUCUGUCCGUCGUUUGUCCCUGGUCUGUUUGUUCCAGCGGGUUUGCCGUGACCUCGUCUUUCUGCUAGCCAGUCGAACGAAACGACAUUCAGGCUGCAGUUUCUGCCGACCCGCCUCAUCUGCUUCCUCGCAUCUAUGUCCGUGUUUCUUCUUUGGUUAUUCUUUUCAAAAGGUGGUGACAAGAAGACACGUAGUCGAGCGCCCCUUUUGUCAACGGCUUCUGUCGCUGUGAUCUACGCGUUUUUUCACUCUAGUUUGCGGGUCGGUGAGGAGGGGAAGCCAUCUUGGUUGUUGCAUCUUUGGUUUCUCUCCCGUUUUAUCAAUAGCGGAACGGAAAUGCUGCUCGACAGCAAGAAGCUAAAGUCUUGUCUAUCUUGUUCGUCAGUGGUCAGCGCCGUGACUUUCUGAACGCCCUUCGCUGUGUGCGUCUGCCUCCGCCUCUUACACGAGCAGUGUGAUGCUCCCCAUUUUGGUCGGUUUCCUCUUUUGGAGGUCGACUACUUUGUCGUAUGCCAGCCAUGUUUUAUGGUUUCUGAUGCAGACGGUGGAGUGAUUUGUCUUCUGUUCUUUGCUUUUGUCCCUCUAUGAGGCUUUCAGGUCUGUUUUGUUUUUUUUUCGUCCCCCCCUGCGAUCGGUUUUCGUUGGGACGCGGGGACGAAGCAGCAGGGAAUUUCUUUCGUUUUUUUUCUGUGACUCCUGACUGUUCCGUCUUGUCGCGUAGUGCUGCAGAAAUGAGGAAUACACCGGACACACUGAAUCCUUCGGUUGCUCUCUCUGCAUGCAUCUUUGCCUCCGUAUAUCAACGGCUCUAGAACGCUUAAGUCAGCGAACAGCCGCUGCUGACUGAAUCAGAAUGCGGCAUUUAGAGCGCUUCCCUUCGGGUGUCGUUCCGCCCCUGCGAAGUGCCAGUGUAUCGGUUCAGGCUAUUAAGUUUUCUCUACCGGUUUCGCUGCUGCCGCGCUCCAUUCUCCUUGUCGAGGGAAUCAGAGCACCCAUUCUCCAAGACGAACACAGAAAUGUUAUGGGUGUGCGUCUGAGAAAGAAUCGCGGCGACCACACAUUCAUUCCAUGUUUCCCCGAAGCAAGGAAGCAGACUGAAAGUGCGCGUUGAAAUAUUUAGUCUUCAUCGGGGUCCGCUUUUCACGGGAGACGCCUCUUGCACUGAACUGGCUCCAGCUGGCAGUUGAUGGCCACUGUGCAGAGCGAAAGGUAAACACGCGUAGCUAGAGUAGUAAGUAGUGUCGUUCACGGAAAGAGGAAGCUGAAUUGUGAGGGCUCUUGUCACCGAUUUGACGAAUGUUGCGUAUUGGGAGCGCGCUUGCACACCUUUCCAGCUCCUCUAUCCUCAAAAUGAAUAGUUGUUUUUCGUGACGAAAGAGGCUUUUCAGCAUUCUUCUUUAAAGAACACUCGUUUGUGCAUAUGCGCAACCCUCAAAGGAAGAGUGCGAGACGUGCUAAAAGAGACGAGACCUCACACCGGACGAAAUUCAUCGGCACCUGCCACUUUC